CUCAUAAAGUGACAUUUUCAUGUAAUGGGACCUUUAAAACCUGGUAUUUAUGAAGCUUAUGUAAAGUGUCUUUGUGAUGAAAUAUUACUGUUCUCUGUCUUGAGGUUUAACGCCGCUACAUGCAGCAGUCUUGUCUCACAACGCUGUUGUUAAAGACAUGAGGAGUCUGGACAAGAUUUGUUCAUUUAUGGAAAAGGAGCUGGAGCAGAGGACACAGAAGUAUGUUGAGUGUAUUAAGACUAUGCUGCUCAUGGGUGCCUCCUGUGGGACAAAGGAUCUAAAAAGUGGAAGGACAUGUCUUCACAUGGCUUCUGAGGAGGCAAAUGUGGAGCUGUUGAACAUUUUCCUUGACCAGCCAUCUUCACUGUAUGUUGUAAAUGUUAAGACAUUCAGUGGAAACACAGCCCUGCACAUUGCCAGCGCUUUGCAAAAUCAUAAAACUCAAGUAGAAGCAGUGAAGCUGCUGAUGAGAAAAGGCGCAGACCCGGGGAGCAGGAACUUUGAAAAUGACCUGCCAUCUCAAAUGGCGCCUGAAGGACCCGUUGGUUUAAAGGUGCGGCAGAUCCUGAAAGGGAAACAUUUUCAUGCUUAAGUGAAGCUCAAAAUCACUGUCAGUCAGACAGUCCAAUCUAUCAUAUUUAUUUGCCAAACAAGGCAGAUAUUAGUUGUUUCAGUGAAACAUGCCAAAUGGUUCAUUACUAUGUAAUGCCCACAGAGAAAUAAAGAUAUGUUUUCUAUUUUUUAGUUUAUUAACCUUUAUUGCUUUAGGCAUGAAGCCAAUACUUUUAAGAGUGCCAUACAAUGAGCAAGCGUGCUCUUUAAAUCUGUAUGUGUUGUGUUUUGGAUAAUGAUUUGGGAUAAUUGAUGACAAGUUGUUCCAUAAUUAUGGAGGAUUUAAUCAUGGGUUUUCUUUAUUAGAAUGUAAGAAUAUUAUGCUUCAUAUCAUUGUAUUUGGAAAUGCAUGAACAGUUAACAUGUAGAUCUUUUUCUUUAAAGCAUUCUAUUUUGGUGUCUAUAAAUAGAGUCAGGUGUUUGUAUACAAAUGUAUAUGCAUUUUUUCAAAGGCUUAAUAUUGUAGUUUGUGUAGAAAAUGUACACAUAGACCACACUACUGUAAAUUUUAUUGCGUGAUGUUUUAUCAUGAAUUUUCAACCUGAAAUAGUCAGAGGAUAUUUUAAUAGUCCAUAUUUUGUGUGCAUUUUGAAAAUGUGUAGUUCAUUUAAUUUAGAAAUUUUAUGCAACAUGUCAUAUUUUGAAGUAAUCUACAUCAAGUUAAAUUAAUGUAGAUAGAUUACAUGAAACAUUUAACAUAUAUUGUGAUGACACUUGUUUUUCUUUAACAAUGUAUACUUUCCUACAUGUGUAAAUGUUUGUUUUAAUCUGAAUGGUCACAAUACAAUAACAAUGUCCCUGCUGGAGAUCAAUAAAGGUUUAUCUCACCUUA